CCCCUUUUACUUGAGAACGUUAGGCAAGAGGGGUUGGAUCUUUCACUCUCUCCCUCUUCUUUUGGGGAUACAUGUAGAGAGAUAUCUAUAUAAGCAACCAAAACUAGAGCAAAUGUUAAACCACACCGGCCCAUUUCUUCUUUUUCUUUUUCUGUUUUUUCUCUUCCCAUCCGAAGUAUGGGUGCUUGAGUGCCUAAACAAACAAUGUUAGAUAUGAAAGAUUAAAAAAUUCUGCCUACUUGCAUAAAGUCAUUUUCUUCAAAGUCUAGACCAUUCGCUCCAAUUGGACUCUGCUUUUCCCCUCUCCCCCAUUCAAAGGCACCCUCUUGCUUCCAUUCAAAGUCUUCCCAGUUCCAUAGAUCCAACUCAACUUGCCCAAGCUUCAAAAGCAAGCAGAGAUCGGUAAUGCAGGAAGUGGAGCAGCAGCAGCAGCAGCAGCUGGAGACAUGGGAAGGCUACUGGGAUUGGAGGAAAAGGCCGGCACUGAGAGGCCGCCAUGGCGGCAUGCUCGCUGCCUCCUUCGUUUUAGUGGUGGAGAUACUCGAGAACUUGGCGUAUCUGGCGAAUGCGAGCAACCUGGUCCUCUACAUGUCGGAACACAUGCAUUUUUCACCGUCGGAAUCGGCGAACUCGGUGACGAAUUUCAUGGGGACUGCCUUCCUUCUGGCACUGCUGGGUGGUUUUCUAUCGGAUGCUUUCUUAACCACUUAUCUUAUCUACCUGAUAAGUGCAGUGGUUGAGUUUCUGGGCCUGAUCAUACUUACAGUGCAAGCUCACUCGUCUUCCCUGAAACCCCCAGAAUGCGGCAACCACAAAGCCCCGUGCAUACAAGUGAGCGGUGGCAAGGCUGCAAUGCUGUUCAUAGGGUUGUAUAUGGUGGCGCUGGGCGUCGGAGGCAUCAAAGGGUCGCUGCCGGCCCACGGCGCCGAGCAGUUCGACGAGAGCAGCCCUCAGGGAAGGCAGCAGAGAUCCACUUUCUUCAACUACUUCAUAUUCUGCCUCUCCUGCGGCGCCCUGAUUGCCGUGACUUUUGUGGUAUGGAUUGAGGACAACAAGGGAUGGCAAUGGGGUUUUGGCAUCUCCACUUUGGCUAUUCUCUUAUCCAUCCCUAUUUUUCUUGCUGGCUCCAUUUUCUACAGGAACAAGAUCCCUUGUGGAAGCCCACUCACUACCAUAUCAAAGGUUCUGGUGGCUGCCAUACUGAACUCUUGCCUGGGAAGAACUUCUGGCAAUGCAAUAGCGAGCAUGGCCACAAGUCCUUCUCCUCCAAACCCCAUCAACAAGGAAGAAGAAGAAGAGGAAGAAAACGCCAUAGCCGUAGAAGCUCCAACAAAGGGCCUCAGAUUCCUGAACAGAGCAGUGGCAAACAAGCCAGUCCACAGAGCACUAGAAUGCUCGGUCCAGCAAGUCGAAGAAGUCAAGGUUGUCCUGAAAAUCCUCCCCAUCUUCGGCUGCACAAUCAUGCUCAACUGCUGCCUGGCCCAGCUCUCCACUUUCUCCGUCCAGCAAGCCGCAACCAUGGACACAAAACUCGGAUCCUUAAAAGUCCCUCCAGCUUCUCUCCCCAUUUUCCCCGUUGUCUUCAUCAUCAUCCUCGCACCAGUCUAUGAUCACUUCAUCGUCCCCUUCGCCCGAAAAGUAACCAAAUCCGAAAUGGGCAUCACCCACCUCCAAAGAAUCGGAAUUGGGUUGGCACUCUCCAUUGCGGCCAUGGCCGUAGCGGCUCUGGUCGAAAUAAAACGCAAGAGAGUCGCCUCUCAUUCCAUGCUGACCGAUUCAACCGACCAGCCAUUGCCUAUCUCCUUCUUAUGGAUCGCUUUCCAGUACCUGUUUCUUGGGUCGGCUGAUCUCUUCACCCUGGCCGGAUUGCUGGAGUUCUUCUUCACGGAGGCGCCGGUGAGCAUGAGAUCCCUGGCCACGUCCCUCUCGUGGGCGUCGCUGGCCAUGGGGUACUAUCUCAGCACUGUGAUAGUGUCCAUUGUCAACAGUGUCACCGGCAACUCCAAGCACCGGCCGUGGCUCUCCGGGCCCAACUUGAAUCACUUCCGGCUACAAGAUUUCUACUGGCUGAUGUGCGUGCUGAGUGGAUUGAACUUCUUGCACUACCUCUUCUGGGCGGCUCGAUACAAGUAUAGACCGAGAGGUGCCAAGAAGUGACAUGAAGCUGCCAUUGCCCAUUGCCGAUGAUGCAACAUCAAAAUGCCAUUGCAAGGCAAACAUCCAGUUUAGCUGUAAAUAUGCGCCAAGUAUUUGCUGCAUCUUCUUUUGGCCAUGUCUGACCAGCCAGAGAGAGAAGAUGCUUACGUAAUUUGAUGAGAGGAUGUGGAGGCUAGCUAGGGAUCUUAAUUAUAUAUUGUAUCUUGUAUGUAAAUUUGGAUUGAGUGGAUAGGCGAUGUAACCCUUCUCUCACUCCUUAUUAUAUUAUAAAUAAUUUACUUUCUAUUUUAAAUUUA